UGAACUAUCUAACAUAAGCUUUUCAAUGCAAUUUUAGAGCAUCACUUCACAACUCAAAAGGGAAAGUUCUUUAUAAGUUGGAAGAAGUUUGGUGAACAAGAAGUUAAAAUUUUAAAAUGAUGAGAGAAAUUGAGCAGAUCUCAUGAACAAUGGAGCCGCUGAACGUGGAGAAGAAAUGGGUGUUCCCACUUGUUAUAAGCUCCCUUAUCGGGGUUUUCCUUGUUGCUACUGCCUUCAAUAUGGGUCUUGUAUCGUCGCUGCAAACAAUCAAUUCACUUUUCUCGAUCUUCCCAUCACGUAUCUCUGUAAACCAGACAGACCCUGUUUUUGUUGAAUCAAAGGUAUUGCCUCCACCAUCACCACCACCCAAGUCCCGUAUUCCUCGAUUCGCAUAUCUGGUCUCUGGAUCAAAAGGUGAUUUGGAGAAGCUGUGGAGGACUCUCCAUGUGCUUUAUCACCCAUUGAACCAGUAUGUCAUUCAUUUGGACAUGGAAUCAUCAGCAAAGGAACGACUAGAGCUUGCUUCUCGUGUAGAAAAUGAUACCAUGUUUGCAAAGAUAGGGAAUGUGCACAUGAUUACCAAAGCUAACAUGGUUACUUACAGAGGACCCACAAUGGUUUCCAAUACCCUUCAUGCCUGUGCCAUCCUUCUCAAGAAAAGCAAGGAUUGGGAUUGGUUCAUAAACCUCAGUGCUUCAGAUUAUCCUCUCAUGACGCAGGAUGAUAUUCUUUUUGCAUUUUCAUCAUUGGACAGAAGUCUGAAUUUCAUAGAGCACACUAGCGCUCUAGGAUGGAAAGAGGAUCACAGGGCAAAGCCAUUGAUUAUAGACCCUGGACUCUAUAUGACAACUAAGUCAGAUAUUUUCUUUGCGACUGAAAAAAGGGAACUUCCUACGGCGUUUAAAUUAUUUACUGGUUCAGCAUGGAUGGUUCUGUCUCGAGCAUUUGUGGAGUACUUAAUAUGGGGUUGGGAUAACCUACCAAGAACCCUCCUCAUGUACUACACCAACUUUGUUUCCUCUCCUGAAGGUUACUUCCACACAGUCAUCUGCAAUGUGCCAGAGUUUGCACAGACUGCUGUCAACCAUGAUUUGCACUACAUCUCAUGGGACAUGCCUCCAAAACAACACCCACACACCCUCACCCUUAAUGAUACAAAAAGGAUGAUCCGUAGUAAUGCUCCCUUUGCCCGAAAGUUCAAACAAGAUGACCCUGUUUUGGAUAAGAUUGACACCAAACUCCUUCACCGAGAAUCUGGGAGCUUUGUUCAGGGUGGUUGGUGCUCUGGUAACCCCCCUUGUUCUGAAGUCGGGGACCCAACCCGCCUUAAACCAGGAGUAGGUGCACGCAGGUUUGCAAGACUCAUGGCUAGGAUAGUUUUGUCACCAAAGUUCAGAGCAAACCAGUGUCAGUAGAUUAAAGCAUUCUUGCUUGAAGCUGAGAAGUUUUUAAUUCUGCAAAUAGCAAUUAUCCAUUAAACGAAUUUAUUCAAUGGAAGGGUACCAGCAAUUGCUGGCUUUCUCUCAUGUGGUUAGCAAUUUUGUUACUGGAUUGGACCUAUGACUUUAACUUCAUAAUGCCUACUGGCAUUGGAGCUCAAAAUUGGAGACACUAGUAUGGCAAUUCCAUUUUGUCAGGAUCAAAGAUAGAGAACUGCUCGUAUCAGCAACAGUAUGUAACUGGCAUCAGAGGUCUAUUUUAUUUGUUGGAGCUUCAAGAAAUGCAGUUAGUCCCUCUGCAAUUGAAGACCAACUGUGUUAUACACCUUUAUAGUCUCUCCUUGGGUUUUUCUUCAACUAUCAAAAUUUGGCCUGGUUCACCUUUCAAAUACUUAGCUCUGUAAUCCUUCUAAUAUUUUUAUUUUUUUC